UAAUCUAAGAACCGUUGACCUCCAAUCAUUAAGAAAAUUUCACGUAACAAUUCUGAAAGAAUUAAUAGUUUUACAACCGGAAGUCAUUGAAACACGCAGGCGCAUUGGAGAGAGAGAGAGAGAGAGUCCUAAUUCCUCCACGUGUUUUCGUCUCUCACAAGAAUCCUUCGUAAAGAUGAGGCCCCUCACGGACGAUGAAUGUAAAUUAUUUUUUGAAAAAUUAACUAAAUAUAUUGGAGAUAACAUUUCACAACUGUUGGAAAGAACUGAUGGAAAGUAUUGUUUCCGUUUACAUAAGGAAAGGAUUUAUUACUGCAAAGAAAGUUUAAUGAAAAAGGCUUGUCAUGUUUCCAGAGAGAACUUAAGAAGUUUUGGCACCUGUUUUGGCAAGUUCACCAAAACUCGCAAAUUUCGGCUUCAUGUCACUGCAUUGGAUUUUCUUGCUCCUUACGCUAAGUACAAAAUAUGGUUGAAGCCAAAUGCAGAACAACAGUUCUUAUAUGGAAACCACAUAAUGAAAGCUGGUCUUGGCAGAAUCACAGAAAAUACUGAGCAGUACCAAGGUGUUAUCGUAUACAAUAUGAAUGAUUUGCCUUUGGGAUUUGGAGUAGCAUCUAAAUCAACACAAAAUUGUCGGAGAGCAGACCCAAUGGAUAUUGUUGCGUUUCAUCAGGCAGACAUUGGAGAAUAUCUCAGAAAUGAAGACAGAAUAAUCUAACUUCCUUUUUUUAAACUCAACUGUAUUAUAUUUUUAGAUGUAUAUAUUUAUAUUGUUUUGCCCAUUCAUCUAAAUAAAUCAUUUGAACUUACAA